UCUCGUCGUCGCCCGGCCUGUUGGGUUCCCAUGUUCCAGUCUCACUGGUUCUGGGGACGGUGGCCUGGACUCGGCAUCCCCCGGUUUACAGGCGGCUGUGGGGACAGGGAGGGCCUGGGGGCGGGGAGGCCCAGAGGGUCCCUCAGGCCUCGCCGGCAAGGCUUGUUGGGUGCCCUCUUCUGAGCUCCCGGCUUUUGUGCCACGUCCACAGUCCUGUCAAACCUCGUUUCUGCUGUGAAGCCUGUUUCGCUGUCAUUUCACGCAUGUGGGACCGAUGCCCUGGCCUUUGGCUUCAAGCGGGCAGGAGAACAGGGCUCUGUGCCCCCGCGUCUUCCAGGGACGCCAGGGCGCACCUGCCUCCAGAACUCGGGCGUCCGUUGCGCUCUCUCUGCCCUGACCCCGACUGCUUUUCUGCUCCCGGGCGCUCCGGGAUGGAGCAGGCCUGUGCUGGGCUCUGGCCCCCGCCCCUAGGGUCCUGCGUUGGGGGCCAGAGGCGUCCCGGCCACGGGCUGUCCCUUGCCCCCACGCCCUCCCCCCGCAGACCCGUGCCGGGCAUGGCACGGCAGCGGCACCCUCGGCUCACAGGGCCCUUCCAACCCGGCGCCUUAGUGAGGCCCGUUCGGUACCCACGCCAUCCCUUCUGAGAGGUGGUUCUGCGCCUGGCCGUGCGGGGCCCCAUGGGCCUGCCGCUCUCCUUUCACACCAUCCUAGCUCCCAGAUGCCACCCUGGCAUCCCCUGGCGCCGCGACCCCACUGCUGCGCCCUCAGCCUCCGCGGCACUGGGCGGGGCCGCUCCGGGAGAGGGGACGGCCAGCUCCGAGCCCAUGGCCCUUGGGCUGGCCGCCGGGGAGCCUGGUCGCCGGCGGUGCCGUCAGCCUCCCAGACACAGGCCGCGGGGGUCGAGGGGAAGCGGAGGCUGGGACGCACCCCACAUGCGGUGGCGAGCGGCCCUGCUCGGGGUGUGGACGCUGCGGGACGCCAAGGCGUGCAGGUGAUCUUAGACCUGAUCCCGUACGAGGCCGUCUCGGUGAGGAGGGCGCUGGGUUCCGACGCGGCGCUCCUGGCGAAGCUCGGCCUUUCUUCUCUGCCCUCCUGCUACCUCAUCUACCCCAACGGCUCCCACGGACCCGUCACUGUCGGGAAACCUCUCCGGUCCUUUUUUUCCUCUUAUUUGAAGUCGCUGCCAGGUGUGAGGAAGAAAUCGCUUUUGUCGCCCGAGAAGCCAGACAGGGAAGAAGACUCUGGGACCGUGGCUUGGAGGGAGUUUGACAGGUCAAAGCUCUACACGGCGGACCUGGAGUCCGCGCUGCACCAGCUGCUGAGGGUGGAGCUGGCCGCCCACAAGGCCCUGGCCGGGGCCGAGCUGCAGACACUCAAGGACUUCGCCACCGUCCUCGCCAAGCUCUUCCCCGGGCGGCCGCCGGUCCGGAAGCUGCUGGAGACGCUGCAGGAGUGGCUGGCCAGCCUUCCGCUGGACAGGAUCCCCUACAACGCCGUCCUCGACCUGGUCAACAACAAGAUGCGGAUUUCUGGCCUGUACCUCACUCGCCGCGUCCAGUGGGUCGGAUGUCAGGGAAGCCGAGCGGAGCUGAGGGGCUACCCGUGCUCCCUCUGGAAGCUCUUCCACACUCUGACUGUCCGAGCCGGGACCCACCCGGACGCGCUGGACGGCACAGGCUUUGCAGGCGACCCCCAGGCCGUUCUGCAGGUCAUCAGGCGGUACGUCCGCGUCUUCUUUGGGUGUAAGGAGUGCGCCGAGCAUUUUGAGGAGAUGGCCGAAGAAUCGAUGGACUCCGUGAGAACCGCAGACCAGGCAGUUCUCUGGCUCUGGAGGAAGCAUAACGUGGUCAACGGCCGCUUGGCAGGCCAUCCGAGUGAGGACCCCAAGUUUCCCAAGGUCCCGUGGCCCACUCCGGACCUCUGCCCCGCCUGCCACGAGGAAAUCAGGGGCCUGCCCAGCUGGAACGAAGGCCAGGUGCUCCUGUUCUUGAAGCGGCACUACGGCAGCGACAACCUCGUGGACACGUACUCCGAGGACCUGGGAGGCGCCGGCGAGGGCGCCCCGGCCGAGGGCGAGGGGCCGGAGCGGGGCCGCACUUCCCCAGAGCAGCCCCGCGGAGCCCUGGGCGCCGAGGGCCUCCGCGUGCCCAGCGAGCUGCCGCCCGGGCCUCACCUGUCAGAGCGGUGGCGCCAGGGCCCGGCCGCGGACCUCGGGAGUCUGAGCGGCGCCGAGGGCCGCAGGGGGGCCGAGGCGGCCGCCGCCGCCGCCGCCUUCCUGGGGCUGGGCUUCUCCAGCCUGGACAUGAGCCUCUGCGUCCUGCUCUACGUGGCCUCGUCCUUGUUCCUGAUGGGAAUGUGCUGCUUCUUCCGGCUGCGGUCCAAGCGCUGGAAGGUCAGGCUCCACCACCCGUCCGUGUAGACGUCUCGAGACCAUGGACGCGCCUUCGGGGGAGCCCGCGGCUUCCGUCUUGAGAGCAGGGAUCUGUCCGCGCACCAGCCCUGAGGGCCCUCCGCCGUGCCUGCCUCUGCCUCUGCCCGCAGGGCUCACGCCCGCACCUGGCGAGGGACUGUUGGCCUUGCUGGCCCCUCGGUGGCCACCUUGCCCAGACCCGGGAGCGGGGGCUUCUGUUUUCUCUCUUCCAGGUCUCAGAGCGGGCGGGGGGCCCUUCCCCCGGCUCUCGCAGCCUCGCUGCCCUGGGACCUGAGAGCAGCCCCCCGCCCCCCAGGCCCCCAGUCGCCUCCCCGGCCCGCCUGCUCCCCGAAGCCAGUGGUUCUCAGUGGUUCACCUGUGUUCGUGCUUCUCCACUGUGUGGUUAUUUCUGCUCGAAGCAGGAGAAAUCUCCCUGGACGUCGAGGCAGCUCAGGACCAGAGAAGGGACGCCCCUCCCCGCCCUGCUCUCCGCAGGCGCUUCCCCUCCAAAGGCGGAUGGGGGGCGGGGGGGCUGCGGGCCGGGGUGCUGCCCCUCGGGCUCCAGAGGCGUUCUCCUUGUUCCCGUGGUGACAGGCGGCUCCGAGUCCCCUCUGCCUGCCUGUGGGCUGGGCAGACCUGCUGGAGGCCCUGAGAGAUGGGGUCCCCCACGUGAGGGGCUGGCAGGGGCCUCCGAGGGGGCCCGUGUCUUCCCCCUCCAGCACCCACGCGGCACAGCAGGAGCCCAGGGCUCAGCGGCAGGGCGGCGGUGGCGCCCUAAGGCCAAACCGCAUUUGCCUGAAGCUGUUCCACCAGGUGUCCUGGUUCCAGGCCAGGUCCUCAGGCUUCAAGGAUUGGUUUUCUAACAUUUAAUGGUUUUAACACAUCAUUUGUAAAACCCAAAACAUUUAGAAGUAAAUUCGCCCCUGAAAAUGUAAACAAAGACAGACACUGUGGCAGGGACACUUCCUGAGAUCCUUUGUGGCUGUUGGUUUGUCUCACAAGCUCAGACGUACGUGUGUGAGUGUGUGUGUGGGGGAGACCACGAUGCUGUACCUGUGCGUGCGUGUGUGUGCGCGUGUGUGUGUGAGUGUGUGCGUGCGUGUGUGGUGUGUGUGAGUGUGUGUGUGAGUGCGCGUGUGUGUGCGCGUGUGUGUGUGAGUGUGUGUGUGAGGGAGACCGCGAUGCUGUACCAGUCUUUCCACUCUGCCUCUUUCUCUUCCACCCACUUAGGGUGUUUACUAAGUGCAGCCGACCACGUGGUGUGUCCUACGACACGGAUGCUGGUGUGACACCAGCAGCGUGGGGGGGACUGUCAGCUUCUGGUCACUGUCCGUGGGGGGCGCGGGCCGCAGGCCCUCAGAGCAGGGACUGGCUCCUGAGCUGCUCCCAGAGGUUUCUUGUUUGACGCUUUCUCAGCCCUGGAAGCCUUUGUGUUUUAAAGCCGGCUUGUCUUCCUGGGCGUGUGCCUGCGUUACUGAGGUCCCUGGGCAGCCUGACGCAGGAUCCAAAGGGAAAUACUUCGGACCAGUCCUUAAACGGCCUUUUGGUUCACAGCCAGUGUCUUUUUCUCCCCAGAAGUAAGUUUCUUUGGGCGGAACUGGGAUGGCGCCUUGCUUACUUUCUAGAACCCGCCUGAGGGUGAUGGUGGCAUUCAGGGUCAUAGCAAUGUUGCAGUUGGAGGGACAAGGUGUGCACAGGCCUGUCGUGGUCGGGGGAGGAUGUGCCAAGGUGGCCCGGGGCCCUGCGGCCCGUGUGCCAAAGCGGGAACUCAGCCUCACGUGCUGCUCAGAACCAGACGCUCCCUUUAGGCAGAGGUUCAAUUCUCUUUCCUAAAGUUGUGAAUAUUGAGACUAAUGAACAUAGUAGCUCGAUAAUUUAAAUGUAUAUUUAUUUUUAAUGGAAGGAUUUUGAUUAGAAAGAAGCUACUUGACAUGGGAAUGUCAGUGAAAUUUCCUACUUGCCAGGGACACAAACAUUUUGUAUGUAUGUAAAACUCUAAUGUGCACAUUUUAAAAAUAAAUCUGAUGUUUGAAAACA